UAUCUGUCCAAAUGCCAUUGGCUUAGGUUCUUGUGAUUCUAAAUGUAUCAUACUUGAGUGGAAAGUGGAGAGGCAAUGUAUCAACAAAACUCGCUCUCACACUCGGAGAUAUAUAUACACAAGAGUGUCACACAAUACAGCGAAACAACACGUUAUAACAAUUUCGCAUUGGAACACGCGGGUUGCGGACGAUCUUAAAAUCUCAAAAAUUCAAAAAACAAUAAUUAAAAAUUGAAAAUCAUUAUUUCUUGAGGGGAUGCAUGCGUAACGGACUCAUUUCAAUUCCACGUUCUCUUCUUCUGAAUCAUGCUCUUCUAGCUCCCAUUACCAACUUGUUUCCGAAGAUCAAUAGCUAAAGGUGAAUUUGUUGAGCGAGCUGUUGUAGCUGCUUCUUAGUAUAUUAUUGUGAUUAUUGUGAUAUAUGGAGGCAACCAAGGACAAUGUUACUGGCCUUAUUCUGGCCGUUUCGUCCAGCGUUUUCAUUGGUUCUAGCUUCAUAAUCAAGAAGAUGGGGCUUCGAAGAGCAGCCACUACAGGGAAAAGAGCAGCCACUGGAGGGCAUUCAUACCUACUUGAACCGUUUUGGUGGAUUGGAAUGAUCUCAAUGAUAGUUGGGGAAAUAGCCAAUUUUGCAGCUUAUGCAUUUGCACCUGCGAUUCUUGUAACCCCUUUAGGAGCCUUAAGUAUCAUUUUCAGUGCAGUGCUAGCUCACUUUAUCUUGAAAGAGAGAUUGCACAUCUUUGGUGUGCUUGGAUGUGCUCUUUGUGUGGUUGGAUCUACAACUAUUGUUUUGCAUGCUCCACAUGAAAGAAUCAUUCACUCUGUCAAGGAAGUUUGGGAGCUUGCUACAGAGCCAGGUUUUAUUUUGUACACUUGUGCUAUGAUCAUUGUGGUUAAUUUUCUCAUUUUCUAUUGCGUUCCACGCUAUGGACAGACCCAUAUGAUAGUAUAUAUUGGAAUAUGUUCUUUCACAGGCUCAAUUACGGUUAUGAGCGUGAAAGCAGUAGGAAUAGCUCUGAAGCUUACAUUUGAAGGCACAAAUCAAUUCAAGUACUUUCAGACCUGGUUUUUUACACUGAUCGUGUUAGGAUGUUGUCUUUUACAGAUUAACUACUUGAACAAGGCAUUGGACACUUUCAACACUGCUGUCGUAUCACCAGUUUACUAUGUCAUGUUUACAACAUUUACCAUUUUUGCCAGCAUGAUCAUGUUUAAGGACUGGGCCUCGCAAAAUGCAUCGCAAAUCGCCACUGAGAUGUGCGGCUUUGUCACGAUUUUAUCCGGGACUUUUCUCCUUCACAAAACUAAGGACAUGGGAGAGAAACCGGUACUUCCUCCCCCUGUGUUCAUAACUCCAGAACACACUAGAAACGACUCAGAAGCAAUAUAGGCGGUGGACUUCUUUUAAAACCUUGCUGUGCGGCAGUGGUUGUCUUUUCCCCUUUAGAAAAAUCUGAUGAAGGUUAUGCUAAAUGCUCUUUCAAAGAUGAAGCUGUAAUGGAAAAAUGGCAAAGCCAAGAAUACAUCAUCUUUGAAAGAUUACAGGAAGCAUAGCUGGAAAUUGUAGAUAGAUACAUGCCACAGUUUAGUUUCUCCUAGUCUUUCCUAUUGAAUAAUUUUUCUUUUUCGUAGAAAUAAAUUAUGGAAACAGAUACUUUUGUUUUAUUCUUGGCCAAAAGACUAACAAUAAUCUGGGUGAACAUGAGAUUAUGAUCUUUGCAAGUUUUAACCUAUUUAGAAGUUCCUGUUAUAGUUUA